UUCUACUUGUGUCGAGAAGUGUCUUCAAAAUUAGCAGUAGCAAUAAUGUCAAUGAAGAACUACUAUGAAAUUUUACAAUCAACUCCAACAGCGAGCUUCGAAGAGUUGCGCCGCAAUUAUAAACAAUUAAUUUUACAAUGUCAUCCAGAUAAAUUACAACAUGAUACCAACAUAACCAAAGCCCCAAAUACAAAUGCCGAUACUGCUAUUAAUGUUGCGGCUUCAACUAUAAACCCAAAUGCCCGAAAUGUGGCAUCUUUAGAUGAGCUUAACGGAGAAUUCGUUGCUAUAAAUGAAGCAUGGAAUACGCUUAAAGAUGCCACAAAGCGAAAGCUCUACGAUGCCGAAUUACUAUUGUCCAAAUUUCAAACGCAUAGUAAUAUUUUUGCGCAUGUAACACUUGCAGACAUGAAACGCUGUACCGAUACAACCACAACCAGCGAUGGAAGUAAAACUGGCAGUGGCAAUGACAAUGAUAGCGGCGACGAGGGCAGAGUCAAGUCCGGUGUUGAGGAUGACAUAUAUUGGUAUUAUACAUAUGACUGUCGAUGUGGCGGUCAGUAUAUUGUUGAUGAGUCAUUAGACAGUGAAAUAAUAAACCGCAAUCACAAACAUGUUGCCCACAUUCAUAGCGAAAAGCAAACCUCAGAAGAGCAAGAAAUAUACCAACAAAAGCAAAUAAACUGCGAUAAAUACUUCGAUAAGAAUUCUCAAGCAUCUGCAGAUAGUAAAAAUUGCAAAGGGAAUGCGUUCGCAUCGUCUUCUGGCAGCUUCGGAAGCAUCGGAGGAGAUGAGGGAGUUUCUAAAGACUCACAGUCCUCUGCCAAGGCGAAUGACGAUGACGACGGCGAAGUGCUUGUCGAAUGUAGUGAAUGCUCUUUGGUAAUCGUAUUGACCUAAACGUACAAUUCUGAGCUGUCACGGGUUGGCUGAUGAGACAAUGCAAAUAAAUAUGAAAAUAAAUACAUGAAUAAGUAUAAUAAGAAAAAUAAAUAAAAUUAUGAAUAACAAUGCGGCGAUUAUAGUGAGUGCGCAAACACCAAUACCAGCAAAAAAUCACAGCCAAAUAAAAGAUGCGAAAACCAGCAGAAAAUAUAGAACAGAACAAAAGUGUUUCAAAAGAACGAGCGAACAUUCAACUACAAAUACAAAUUUAAUGUAUUUACGUGAAUUUCGGCUUUCGCGAUAUGCGGUGAUUCCUAUGUGAGAUAUAUUUACAUAAACUGAAAAAAUAUAUUGUAUAAUAAUAUUUUAUCAAAUGCGUACAAAUAAAUAUAAGAAAAUAAAAAAAGAGUUUAAUUGUCUUUGAUAUGCCCAACCAA